GGUAUUGCCACCUUCUACAGUGUCGGUGCUGACAACUGUGGUACCUCCUCCACCGACAGCGACUUUGUCUGUGCUAUCUCCCAAAAGAUGUACGACAGCGUUGCCUCAAGUGAUUCCAUCUCCGAAUACUGUGGUCACUCAAUCAACAUCAAGUACAACGGUAAGACUAUCAAGGUCAAGGUUGUCGACUCCUGCGAAUCCUGUGACGCUACUCACCUCGACUUGAGUCCUUCCGCUUUCCAGGCUCUUGCUGACCCAGAUCUCGGUGUUAUUGACAUCCAAUGGGAAUGG